UAUUUUUCAAGAUUGAAUGAUGAAUUGGCUACUUCUUGAUGUUGCAGGCAGGCAUUAACUUCAAGUCGUAAAACUUCAAAAGAAGUUAUUUUUGUGGAGAAUUUUCACUCCUCCCGGUAUAUGGUGCUACUGUUAUAUCCACAGAUAGAUAUACAAAGAUACUGGAGCUGUAUAGACGAGAAGACAUGGCAAUCAAAGAGGAUGUAGAGAAUCGAAGGCAGGAAGAGAUGAGAGAACCACUUAUACAGGAUCAGAAUAAUCUAGCUGAUGGAGAAGAUGGGUCAUCUCAGGGAAGCAACAAAGGGCAUCCCUGGAUGGUUUACUUCAGUACAUUUGUUGCAGUUUGUGGUUCUUAUGCAUUCGGGUCCUGUGCAGGUUAUUCAUCACCUACUCAGAGUGCUAUCAGGGAAGAUCUCAGUCUAUCUUUAGCAGAGUAUUCAAUGUUUGGCUCCAUAUUGACAUUUGGUGCAAUGAUUGGUGCAAUAACAAGUGGCCCAAUUGCUGAUUUUAUUGGUCGGAAAGGGGCACUGAGAGUGUCUGCUGCUUUCUGUGUUGCAGGGUGGCUAUGUAUUUACUUUGCUGAGGGGGCUGUAGCUUUGGACAUUGGAAGGCUGGCUACAGGAUAUGGAAUGGGAGUCUUUUCCUAUGUGGUACCCGUUUUCAUAGCUGAAAUUGCUCCCAAGAACCUCCGAGGAGCACUGACAACUGUGAAUCAGUUCAUGAUCUGCGCUGGAGUGUCUGUUGCCUUCAUUAUUGGGACAGUGCUAACAUGGAGGGUUUUAGCAUUAACUGGACUCGUCCCAUGCGGCAUUCUAGUUUUGGGUCUCUUUCUCAUUCCAGAGUCUCCCAGAUGGCUGGCCAAGAAGGGGAAUCAAAAAGAGUUUGAAGCUGCCCUUCAGAAACUUCGUGGCAAGGAUGUGGAUAUAUCUGAGGAGGCAGACGAAAUUCAGGAUUAUAUAGCAACUCUUGAACAGCUCCCAAAACCCAAACUUAUGGAAUUGUUUCAAAGAAGAUAUUCGCGCUCAAUGAUUAUAGGAGUUGGGUUGAUGGUAUGCCAGCAAUUUGGAGGAAUCAACGGAGUCUGCUUUUACACUGGCACCAUUUUUGAGACAGCAGGAUUUUCUUCUAGUAUUGGAACUAUAACCUAUGCAAUUAUUCAGGUUGUGGUUACUGGCCUGGGAGCAGCUUUCAUAGAUAGAGCUGGAAGAAAGCCCCUAUUAUUGGUUUCAGCAUCAGGGUUGGUCCUAGGCUGUGCACUAACAGCAAUUGCAUUCUAUCUGAAGGUUAACGAAUUGGCCCUCGGGGCAGUCCCUAUACUAGCUGUAACUGGCAUACUGCUGUACAUAGCAUCCUUUUCAGCAGGAAUGGGUGCAGUCCCUUGGGUUGUGAUGUCUGAGAUAUUCCCUAUCAAUAUCAAAGGAAGGGCUGGAAGCAUCGCUACACUUGUCAACUGGUUUGGUGCAUGGCUAUGUUCCUACACUUUCAACUUCCUUAUGAGCUGGAGCACUUAUGGUACCUUCAUUCUUUAUGCAGCAAUCAAUGCACUGGCUAUAUUGUUUGUGAUCAAAGUGGUACCUGAAACAAAGGGGAGAACUCUGGAACAAAUCCAAGCAGCCAUUAACAAAUGAAGAACUGGGGUUGAAGGGGCAACAGAAAAGGGGAAGAAGAGAAAAAAAAAAAGGAUUCAAAAACUAUUUUUUCUGGGAAAUUUUUGACUUGGGAUGUCAUGCUUGUCAUUGGAAGAUUUUUAUUUAAUUUUCUUUUUAGAAAUUUCUAUAAUAUGAUUUUCAUAUCCUUGAUUUUUGGUA